AUGGUUAAAUGGCAAAUGAUCCUUUUUGAAUUCGACAUCGUUUUCACCACACAAAAGGCAAUCAAGGGCCAGGCUAUAGCAGAUCACUUGACUGAAAAUCCAAGGGAAGAUGAUUAUCAACCGCUUCACACUUAUUUUUUGGAUGAGGAGGUCUUGUUUGUUGGUGUAGCAGAGGAUAUGAACGAACGAUGCUCUGAGUGGGGACUAUUCUUUGAUGGGGUUUCAAAUUCUUUCGGAGCCGGUAUUGGAGCUAUGCUGGUAUCGCCUGAAGGAAAGCAUUAUCCCGGUUCCGCUAAACUGCUAUUUUUCUGCACUAACAAUAUGGCGGAGUAUGAGGCUUGUAUUUUUGGACUAAAGAUGGCAUUGAAAAUGGAGAUUAAAGAUUUAAUAGUGUUCAGCGAUUCCGAUUUGCUCGUGCAUCAAAUGCUCAAAGAAUGGAUCACUCGGGAUUCAAAAAUCUUGCCUUAUCAUUGCAGUUUACUAGAUUUAGCAAACAAAUUCAGAAGUUUGGAGUUCAGGCAUAUUCCACAUGCCAGAAAUGUUUUUGCUGAUGCUCUGGCUACUUUAUCUUCAAUGAUUCAACAUCCAGACAGGUUGGUGAUUGAACCUAUCCAGAUUCAAUUACAAGAAAAGCCUGCACAUUGUCUAGUUGUGGAAAAAUCUUCUGAUGGCCGUCCAUGGUAUAGCAAUAUCAAGGAAUUUCUCAAAAUGGUGUCCUAUCCUCCAAGGGUUGAUACGACUGCUAAAAGCUUCUUGCGUAGAUUGUCAUCCAAGUUUUUCUUAAACGGAGAAGUGGUAUACAAACGGACUUUAGAUAUGGGCCUUCUGAGAUGUGUUGAUGAAGAUGAAACAGAGUACUUGAUGAAACAGGUGCACAGUGGCGUAUGUGGAUCACAUAUGAAUGGUCAUUUAUUGGCAAAGAAGAUCAUGAGGACCGAAUAUCUUUGGCUUACUAUGGAGCAUGAUUGUGUAGUUUUUGUCAGAAAGUGCAUUAAAUGUCAAUUGCAUGGGGAUGUUAUACGCACUCCUCCCAUAGAAUUAAACAAUAUGACUGCUCCUUGGCUAUAUUUAAUGUGGGGUAAGGAUGUAAUUGGAACCAUUGACCCUCCUGCUUCAAAUGAGCAUCGGUUUAUUCUGGUGGCAAUUGAAUACUUCACAAAAUGGUUCGAAACUGAGUCUUACAAGCAUGUGACUAAGAAGGUGAUGACCGAUUUUCUGAGGAAACACAUCAUUUGUCAUUUUGGAGUGCCAGAGACAUUAAUCACCGACAAUGCAAAGAAUCUCAACAAUGACAUUGUGGAUGGGUUGUGCGAUCAGUUCAAGAUCAAGCAUCGGAAUUUUACUAUCUAUAGGCCACAGAUGAACGGAGCUGUGGAGGCCGCGAAUAAGAACUUGAAGAAGAUAAUCCGUAAGAUGACCGAAAGACACCGUGAUUGGCACGAGAAGCUUCCCUAUGCAUUAAUGGCAUAUAGAACUGCUAUUUGGACUUCUAUUGGGGCAACGCCUUAUAACCUCAUGUACGGAAUGGAAGCGGUUUUGCCAGCCGAGGUCGAAAUUUCUUCUUUGCGCAUCCUAAUGAAGGCCAAACUGGAUGAGGCUGAUUGGAUUAAAUAA